GCGGCGGCCUGGAGGAGCCGCGCACCCGCCGCCGCCCCCGGAGCCCGAGGAGAGGGCGGCGGGCGCCCCCCGGGGAAGAUGAAGGCGGAGGGGGGCGACGCCUCCAUGAUCAACCUGUCGGUGCAGCAGGUCCUGAGCCUCUGGGCCCACGGGACGGUGCUGAGGAGCCUCACGGAGAUGUGGUACUGGGUCUUCCUCUGGGCCCUCUUCUCCUCUCUGUUCGUCCAUGGUGCUGCCGGAGUGCUAAUGUUUGUGAUGCUGCAGAGGCAUCGGCAAGGGAGAGUCAUCUCCGUCAUCGCCAUCAGCAUCGGGUUUCUGGCUUCCGUGACUGGAGCGAUGAUCACUAGUGCCGCCGUGGCCGGCAUUUACCGCGUGGCCGGGAAGAACAUGGCCCCCUUGGAAGCUCUGGUGUGGGGCGUCGGACAGACAGUCCUGACGCUCAUCAUCUCCUUCUCAAGGAUCCUCGCCACACUCUGAGGUUUCUGUGGGAAUGUCUUCACUUCACAUAAGGAAACAGACGUACAGAUUCUCUGAAAACGGCAUCGUUAGCGAGUGGGCAUGAGAUGGUACCAGGACGUGGAAGGAGCAGGUCAAAACACAGGCCUCGGGCCGUGUGGGAAGGUCGCCCUCUGGUGUUCAAUGAUUGCACUACCGCACCGCACCUUACGUGCCUCCGUCCCGGGCAAGGCGCAUUGCUACGCGAAGCUGCAAGAAAAAGCACCUUGUUUAGCUGCCAAUCAGGUUAACACUGGUGUUGAAUCAUCCUUCUUAACAGUGUCGUGUUAAGUUACAGGGACGUUUUGAAGAAUUGAUACAUGUGCCAAACUCUUUUCUUUUUUCUUUUUUUUUUUAACAUUGAUCAUGUGAAAUUUGCAAGUGUAGCUGUAGAUGAGUGCUGUGAACAUAUUUGACAUGAAUUCAGGUGAUGUAGUGAGAAAUUUUGUUUUGUAAUGCUAAAUCCCGUAUGAGUGCUGAGUAUCAAAUCAUUUAUUAUGAGACAAAUUACCUGAUUUUUAAUGUUAAACGUUUCUGGGAUUUAGGGCUUUCAUAUAAAUUAGGUAUUUAUUGUUAUUUACUUUACGUGGAAAAUAAUACUGAAUGGAAAACUGCUAGACUCUUUUAAGGAUUCAAAGUAGAUCUAUAGGGUGCAUCCUUUUCACUCACUCAAAUAACACUCUUUAAUAGUUUUCCUCAUACAUAAACAUUCUGUUGCUAUGAAUUUUAAAACUUUUUGGGUCACACCUGUUGAUUGUAGUUUGUGUGUCAUGAAAAUUUAAUUUGAAAAUUUUCUUAUAAAUUUUGUAGGAAAAGAAGUCUGAAAUGCACAUCCUAUUCUUGACCCUUCUGAAGAAAGUUUCUGCCAUGUGUCUCAUGGAGAAAACAUCUUUACAACUAGUAUCUCAGUGGGAUUAUAUUACUUGUUGCAUAUAUCUUGAUUUUUGGCAAAACGUAAGCAGUCUUUCAUCCUGGAGUAUCAAAUAUAUAUAAAGAGUGGCCUAAAUUAGGCUGUGAAAACAAGAAGCCUCACUUGUAGUUAAGAAACAAGUCAUAUAGGAAGAAUAAUAAACAAUCUUAUUUUGGCUGUGUGGUAGCAUCAUAAUUUCUCUAAGUAAAAAUUUGGGAAUAUAGUAAAUAAUUUUAAAAUUUGGCAGUUACUCUCAGCAUAUCAGUACAGUGUUGAACAUAUAUUUAAGUGAUUCAUUUCAGUUUUUCAACUCUUGUUUUAUUCUGUUAUUUAAAUUUACUAGCAUCUACAAUGACAUUUAUUAGAAUGAAAGAAUCAUUAGUAUAAAACAUUUUAAGAUAUUUUGGCAAUAUGUAAUUGUAUUUAAGAGUAUAAGAAGUAAGGGAAGCAUAGAAACUGGUUGAAUUUGUCUCCUAUUGAGACUUUUUUCGAAUAUUAGAUACAAUUAUACAUUGUUGUUUAGUUGCUAAUCACGUCCGACUCUUUGCGACCCCAUAGACUGUAGCCCCCCAGGCUCCUCUGUCCAUGGGAUUCUCCAGGCAAGAAUACUGGAAUGGGUAGCCACUUCCUUCUCCAGGGGAUCUUCCUGACCCAGGGAUUGAACCUACAUCUCCUGCAUUGGCAGGCAGAUUCUUUACCACUGAGCCACCAGAGAAGCCCACGAUUAUAUAUAUGUUAAUUCAAAAGAAGAGCCAAUUGCAGAAAAUAUGCAGUUAUGGACAAUCCAAAAGAUAAUCUCCAUACUCUAGCCUCACUCUUUUAUAAUCUAACUUGGUAACAAGUAAGUUUCUACUAGGUCCCAUUCAAAUUUAAGACAUUUGUUACCCACGACACCUUUUCUCUACCAGAAGCAGAAUAUAUCAAUAACUCGAUAAUGUGUUGGGGUUUUUUUUCCAGUAUGGAAGCCAGUUUGGGGCGGGGUAGUUUUAAUAACACUGUGGUUUGGAAAUCUGUUUUAAAAGAAGCCAAGAAGCAACUAUGCAUUCUUAAAGAUCUUUAAAGUAAAUCUUAAAAUGGAUUCUUUUUAUUAUGUUCAGCCUGAAAUUAGUUUCACAUGUUCUUUAUAUUCCUGAUGUUUUCUUAAAUUUAGGUCUAAAUCUCCCAAGUCAACUUGACUUUUCCUUUUCUGUUGGAUUUGAAUCACUUUCUUCCUUUACUUUGGUUAUUGUGUCAGUAAUUUAAAGUGCUCAUAUUCUUGGGGAGAAAUUAUCAAUAAUGUGUUGACAUUGAGAUCUACAGAAAUGAAUAUUUAUUUUAACACAUGAUUAGUUUAUGUCUUCAGAAAGUUAUCAUGGUAAGGUAACUGGGGCAAAUGGUUCAGAAUCUGAGAUUAGCCAGAAAAUAACUCGGACACGUUAAGUACAUGGCUGCAUGGACCAAAGAGAUCUAGACUGCUGUUUCUGCUCUGGGAUGGAAGUGUGAGAAGGUGGGUCCGUUUGUAGAGUGUCCUGCAGUUAUCUCAUUAUCAAGUUGCUUUAUAUUAUGAGCCAUGCGUGCGUGUGUGCCUACACCUGUACUUUUAACUUUGGGGGCAUUUCUGGUUUCUUCCAUUGUUUUUAGUUACUUUCAUUGGAAUUUUGUGCAACUGUUAACUCUUCUAAUGUUGUGAAAUGCAGCUGAUAGUGUGAAUGGAUGAAAUGUUUUAAUAGCUGUUUCUAUGAUGAGAUUUUUUUUUUUAAAAAGGUCAAUGGUUUUCUUAUAGAGGCAAAGAAAACAUUUAAUGACAUAUCUACACACAUAUAUGUCAUUAUACACACACACACACAUACAUAUGUAAAGCUGCUGUAUAUGAAUAGAGUCUAAUUGGAAAGCUUUUGUUCAGUGAAUACUUUGAUGUAAUGGAGAAUUUGAUGUAUUUGCUCAGUUGAAUGAUCUUUUAAACAGAUUUGAGGAAGUUUGAGAUUUUUCAAUUGGGGGAAAUUUUUCUUGGUUUCUUAGUGCUAGAGAUCCUUGUUUGUGAUAUAACAAAAGCCCUUAUUGAUAUAUUUGGGUUAUUCUUAAAAUUUGUGUGUGAUUUAGCAGUAAUAUUUUUUUGUGUGUGGUAAAUGCAAGAGGCAAGGGUGGGGGUGAGAGCCUCGGCAGUUUAUACAUCUUUAUCUUAAGGAAUGCUAAUAAAAUACGGCUGACAGUGAAGUCAGUUCCUCGAGAAAGAGACUCCUGUCUGCCCAAGCUAAUCAUUAAUUAGUUAACACACUGGUGAGAAAUGUCCAUAGAUCAGAGUUAGGGUGCCUCAUCUGAGCUACAAGGAAUGCUUAAAACCUUGAAAUGAGGAAGGUGCCACAGUCCCCCUGAACAAUUCCACUGGUUGUCUAGAAUAACGUGAGUCCUAGAUUUUGGCCAUAUUCAGUGUUCACACAGGUUAAUUUUUCUUACUUUAGAUCUUCGUGUUCACCGAACAGGUUUACAGUUUGUAACCCAGUGUGGUUUCUUGGUAUUUGCAGCAUGUGUUUACACCAUCCUCCCAAAAUGUGAAGAUUUUGUUUGUACUUUAAGUGAGAAAUAAAGAAAUGAGCUACCCUGUAUAUCCUAUUUGUGGUAUGAGGAACAAGAACAAGUUUAAAGAAAUGUUCUUGGAAAACGUCUCUAGAGAACCUGUAAUAAAGAUGGGAAGAAUGGAGUUGCCAAGUCAGUGUGCCCAGGCUGGCGCUUACAUACCAAGAAUUCAAGUCUGUAAGCAUUUUUGGUGGAUCUAAUAUAUACAAAGUACUGAGCCCUGUAUUUUCUGUAGUAAGCACAAGGAUGCCCCACAAUGGGAUCCCUGCCCUUGAGUCCACCAAGAGCUGAUCUAAAUCCUAAAACAGUUGGGAGAACAUCCUGCUUCUAGUCGAGAGGAGAGUUUAAGUCCUUUUCCCCCAGCCCGCCCCCUCCCCCAGUCUGACUUUUCUCAUUCACCAAAUGGAAUUUGAGAAACCGCGAUCCCACUGCCGGGCAUAGCGACGAGAGCACUGGGACCCACACCAGUAACACAGAUUUGAAUCCAGGACCUCUCACUUGUUGACCUUCUGUUUAUGGUGGCAGUGUAUAGUUUGCCCUCCAUAUCUGUGGUUCCACAUUCAGGGAUUCAGCCAACCUUGGAUGGAAAUAUUUGGAAAGAAAAUCAAGAAAGCCCCCAAAAGCAAAAUGCCCCACACAGGCAACAGUUCACAGAACAUUUACAUAGCGUUCACACCAUUUACACAGCAUUUAUGUUGUGUAAGGUGGUAUAAGUGAUCAAGAGAUGACUGAAAGUAUAUGGGAGGGUAUGUGUGGGUUAAAUGCAAGUACUGCACCAUUUUCCAUAAGGACCUUGAGCAUCCUCAAAGGUUGGUACCCACGGGGGUCCUGGAAUCAGUCCCCUGUGGAUACUAAGAAAAUACUCAGUAUUUAAUAGGAAAUGAUCAAUAGGUAGUCAUUUUAAUUUUUAAAUUAAACUUUGCAAUACCAAGUAAAUACAUUGUUUUGUAAGAUUCAUCUGUUGUCUUUCAUUUCCACAUUUACCCUACAUGUAUUUUAAGAAGGAAACAAACAAAAAAAAUUGCCCUAUGUUGCUUUCUUUACCUACUUUCAACGUCUUUUUUUUUUUUUUUUUUAAUCAGAUAUUUUUCCAAGAGCACUUCUGGGGGCUGGUGGUGAUAGAAAUGGCCAGGGCAAGCAGGAAUCAGUAUUGGGCUGUGGGGAUUACUAGUUAAAAUAGGAAAAGUGAUAAGUGGCCAGGACUUACCCCUUAUUUUCUCCAGCUUGCGUCUUUCUGACUUACUCAGCCAAUAUUCAUUGAAUCUCCACUGCAUGCUGCUUACUCUGCUCGUUUUAGGGGUGGGGAGGUUCCCCCCGACCCCCACAUUCACCUCUCUUCUGCCACCCCAGCCUAUAGGAGAACAGAACUGGGCAGUUGUGUCUAACAUGUCCCUCCUCCCCUGGAGCAAAGGUGCUUAUGCCCUGCUUGUUUGUUUGUUUUUAACUUAAAAGGUAAUACUUUUAUUUUAAAUUUAUGUGCAUUUUAUAAUUCAAGAAAUAAUAAGAUGUUGAGGACUUUCUGAAACAUUCUCAAGCCACUUGACUCUUGUGACAAACGUUUCUCUCAGAAAGUCUUAGAAUUCUUCAAAGAGUCGCCAUUUGUUUUUAAGAUGUGAAGAAUGUGGAAAGUUACUGAAAAAAUUCUAGUGACCUAGAUUGCAGAGACGUUUGGCAACACUUGGGUAACUGGGUAAAUGGUUUCAAGGGUGAGAAUCUCAGUGGUUGCCAUUGACUAGCAAUUUCCCUUUUCCUGUCCUUCUUAUAACAUUGGGGAGGAAGACUCUACAGCAUAAAAAGGACAUUAUUUGAUUAAAAAAUGAUAAAAAAUUUCAAACAUGUAGUAGUGUUUAUAGCAGGGGGAAGUUUAAAGAUGGGAAGAAAGGUUGGAGGGGUAAUGCACAAAAACACAGACACAUUUGACAAAACACCCUGCAUUAUGUGAACACAGUUUCCCCUUCUGUUAAGACUCCAGAUGACACCGUGUGAGUAUGUUUACUGCAUGUUUGCAAAAUGUGGUGUUUCUUUAUAUGUGAGACGAAACUUGCCACAAAGCAUUUGAAAUCGUUUUAUAAUUUUGUGCAUGUGGUGGUCGGUUUGCCCCACUCACUCAAAGAUCUCUGUUCAGUGUAGGCAACACAAUGUUUUUGAGGAGGUCGCUGAAGCUGUUCUCUAAAAAUUUAUCUAUGAAUUUGCUUAGGGAAAGUAAUGCCUAAUAUAUUACAGCAUUUUCCGUAAAUGUGGAGGUAAGCCGGUUCAUACAUCAUUAGAUUAGUGGAAACACCCAAAUUUCUCAGUGCACUGAGGUGUAACCACCUCCUCCCCUGAGCACAGGGGCCUUGUUUUCACGUUCUUUACGUUCAUUGCACGUAUGUUGAACUUUCAUAAUAACCCUGUCUUGAUUUUUGAGAACUAAUUUAGCAGUUUAAAAAAAAAAAAUAUUCCUCCCUCUUCCAUACAGAUGUCAUAUGGGAUAGUUUAAACAUAUGUACAGUUUGUUGAUAGGAUCAGAAGUGCUGGUUUAGAAGAGAAUGUUCUCAACACCUCACGGUUAUGCAGCUGUAAUCUUGCUGAAAAUUAAAUACUAUAAGCAAGUCAAGAGAGCAUGGACCUCCUACGAGUUUUCUUUUCUUUUUUUCAGGACUGUGUCCUGUAACAAUAUAUAUUUCCGCUCCGUGGGGAUGUGACUGUCCUCUUUUGGGGACUGCGUUUAAGUAUGUAACUGAAGCUGGAAAGCAGUGUGACAUACAUACAUAGGAAGAGGAACUAUAAUGUAUAAUCACCAUAACCAUAACCCACUUUCUUCUGAACGUAUUACAUCUUGGUAAUUUCUAAAAGUCAUCACUUUUUUAUAGCCCUGUAUAAAUGAAUGGUAACUUGAUAGUACUAUUGGUGGUGAGAAGUUUCCUUUGUCUUCAACGUAUUUAUACAUCAUCACUAAGUAUCUUUGGGUAGGAACAUUUUAAAGUUUUCUCCAUAGAAGGUAAAAGAGAGGCAUUUGUUUGAAUUAUACUUUCAAUACUGGAUGAGUUGAUAGUCUGAUUGUUGACACUUAGUAUUCGUGAUAUCACAUGCAUUUACCGUGGAGGAAUUUUAAAAGUUCUGGCUGUCUCCCAAACACACACAUACACACACACAAGCUCUGCAUAUUUAGAUGAACAGUAUAAAAUUCCUCAGUAUUUUUCAUUUUAGUCAUUUAAUUAACUAUGUUAAAAUUCAUAGGAUUCUACCAUGAAGUAUUAACUCUUGACCCUGGUAAUUCUAGAACAAGGAGAUCAACUGUAUCUCAAUCAGCUAAAAUGUUAUUUACAUAGCAAAAAUAUAGUUUGCCUGGUAGGUAUUACAAACUCACUUUCAAAUUGUGUUAACGCUCAGACCACUGAUGAAUCAUUUAGUAAACCACAGUGCAGUUUUUAAAAGCUAAAUGAUGCCUUAGUGCCUUGGAAGUUAAGAUACUUUCGCAAAGUGAAUUUAGCAGAAUUCAGGAUUGGUAUGCCUGUUGCUGGGAAUUCAGAGCUGAGGAAGGAUGUAAUUGAAUUAACUCCUUGUGGUUUAGUAAAAAGUCAGUUAUUUCAUUCUUGACAGAUGACAACUGCUUUCAUUAUAUUAUCAUGAUGUGUGGUGUUUUUUUUUUUUUUUUUCUCUUUCCAAGUAAGUUUGAAAUGGGAGAAAAUGUAGUCAAGACAGUUAAAUGUGGAAUGUUAAAACUUGGUUUUGUUGUGAACUAGAGAUGCUAGUGUGAACAGUGUCAGCUUCAUAUUGUAGUUCAAAGGCAGACACUUCAUGUCACUUUUAGGAAUAUGUUUACCAUCAGGGACUUUUUGUUUUUUACUCUAGAAAUACUUAAUGUACUGUGAAACUUAAAGACAGGAAGAAGAAACCUUGGAGGGGUAAUGCACAAAAACAAAGGUGUAUGUGAUGAAGUAGCCUACAUUAUGUGACCACAGUUUCCCCCCUUCUGUUAAGACUGUAAACUAUACCAUAUGAGUAUGUGUCCUGCAUGUUUACAUAAUACAGUUUAAUUUUGAAGGGUUAUUUAAAGAAGUAUGUUUAUUUAUAAUACCUAACAAGCUGUAAAUAUUGUAUACUAUUGAUUUUUAAUUUUAUAUAAGCAAUUUUUUAUUUCCAACUCAUGUACAAAUCUCGUGGUGUAUAUAGUAUACUUUCCCGGAGAACAUCAACUUUGCAGUGAAUUUUAAUGGUAGUAAGCAUCAGGUUUAAUUGUGGUAAGCAUAGAAAUGUUGAUCUUUAUUUUAAAUUAUUUUCCACCACUCAUUUUCUUCAAAGGGCAGCAAUAAAUAUAUGCAAGUUAUUUUUGAUUUACAGAACGUUGGUCUGCAAAGACAAGGUCUAGGUUCCAAUUCAUUGCUUUAAAGAAAAGAUGCACAAUUAACAUCAUACACUGUCUAAUCUCAGGACCAUUUCUGAGGUCCAUACGUGUGUCUCCUCUUUGUAAUAUACAGGGUGAACUCUUUACUGAUACACACAGAACAACUGUUAAAAGCGAAUCCAGCACUUAAAUGUCAUCACACAGAACUUACUGGGUUAAAAUUUGUAAUAUACAGUAUUUUAAUAAAGUUUCUGUAUUCAGUUUCAUGCACUUAUAUAUAAAGAAACCUGUCUUUAAAAGCUU